CUCCUACCGUACUCCACCACCUCGCCGCCACUCUUAGCAAGCAUCGUCGACGAGUACUGCGCUGGACUACCCUUCUCCUCUUUGGCUCUUCUGUUUUCCUUAUCCACCGCACACGAAGCGCACAGCAAAGUGGGUGUCGCGAUUCCUUCGAUUCAAGCGGCCUGGUACAUCUCGAAGUUCGAGGUAGACCGACCCUUCUUCCAACAGGACUCAAUCUGCGUCAUCUCAUCUGCUCACACGAUCUUCGCGCCUUCUCCUCCCUCUCCUCAUCACCACCAUCAGAGUACUAAUACAACAUGGGUCUCUCGGUCUCACGCCUGUUGUCGGGCCUCUUUGGCAAGAAGGAGAUGAGGAUCUUGAUGGUCGGACUCGACGCCGCCGGUAAGACGACAAUCCUCUACAAGCUCAAGCUGGGAGAGAUUGUCACCACCAUCCCCACCAUCGGCUUCAACGUCGAGACGGUCGAGUACAAGAACAUUUCGUUCACCGUGUGGGACGUCGGAGGACAGGACAAGAUUCGUCCCCUUUGGAGGCACUACUUCCAAAACACGCAGGGAAUCAUCUUCGUCGUCGACUCCAACGACCGAGAGCGUGUUUCCGAGGCUCGCGAAGAGCUGCAGCGAAUGCUCAACGAGGACGAGCUUCGUGAUGCUCUCCUCCUUGUUUUCGCCAACAAGCAGGACUUGCCCAACGCAAUGAACGCCGCGGAGAUCACCGACAAGCUGGGUCUGCACUCGCUGAGGCAGCGUCAAUGGUUCAUCCAAGCAACGUGCGCCACCUCUGGAGACGGUCUCUACGAGGGUCUCGAGUGGCUCAGCACCAACCUCAAGCGACGCGUCUAAAUGGGUGAUUGCAGCAGCCGUAGCCGCAUCACCGACAGUAGAAGAGGGGUAGGCGCAGGAGGAGGAGAAGCAGGGGAAUGAGCUUGAUUCGUCGCUACCGUGGUCAUCCCACUUGGCCGCAAGUAACCGUUCAGAGAAGACAAUAGGGCGGGACAUCCACAUCUUGGUCCAGGUUAGUCGUCGGUCGUUCGUUUAUCUCUCCCUCUCUUUCUCGCCCCCUUCCCCACCUCCCCACCCAGCUCAAGGUGUUGUGGCGAAGACAUGACAAUCUCGUUCGAAUAUAGGAGAUGACCCACG